AACUUACUCUCUGGGAGGAGAUCCAACAUCUUCAUGAGGUAGUCUUCAAAGGUCUUGUGUUUUGCCAUCAGCUGCUUGAGGUAAGCCUGUCUGCAAUUACAGGAAUGGAAACUGGAGUUAAGGAGCAGUUUCCACGUAGCAGGAUAUUUUUAAAUUUGGAUAUUUUGGCCUUCGGUUUUCCACGUAGCAGAUUUUUUAAAUCCAGAUAUAAAAAAGCAGGUUUUAAAAAUAUCCUAUUUAGGGGGCUAAAACACAUUUGUUACAAUGGAGUAUUUAUUUGUAUCCCCAUGUUGCGUUUCCACAUACUGUAACCAGGAGAAAAAAAAUACCCACAUAUAAAAAUAUCCUGCUAUGAGGAAACAGCACCUAAGACAACACAAUCACCUUUGAGCAAUGCUUCUUUUUUUGGUCUUUUAUGACUUUAUUUGAUAGGACAGUGUGAGAGGUGGACAGGAAGCGAAUUGGUGAGAGAGACGGGGAGAAGUCUGAAAAGGACCCUGGCCGGGAAGCGAACCCGGGUCAGCCGCAUGGCAGGAUAUCGAAUGGUUACACGCAUGGAGGGAAGUUAAGAGCCACCACAAACCACAAAGUGCCUAUGGGAAGCACACAAGUUUUAUUCAACGCUCACAUAUAUGGAGGAGGGAAUGCAGCAGCAGGGAGAGGCGGAGCAACCUUCCAUAAGUGCCGUCCGUAAACAAAACCCACCACACCCAACCACAGGUCUUCCCUUCCUGUGUUGAUCGACCCAAAGCAAAGAUACCAACACAAAGAUGAACGGUGAUCUCUCCCCCCUGCCGUCCCUACAACUGCCAUUCCGGAGCCCUCUCCUCCUCCGUCGUCCCUUCCGCCUCCUCCUCCUGCUCCUCCUCGUCCUCCUCCACUCUCGACCGGGCGAGACGGCCUCCCUCACCCUCCCUCUGUCGACGCCGGGCAACAGCAGCGGGGGCAUCUCAGGCACGGUGCCCCAGAAACAGUCAUGCACGGAACAGGUGGUGUGUAAGGACGGGGUGCUCCUGCCCGUGUGGUUGCCCCUGAAGCCCAGCUUGGGGGAGCAGGCGGGCAGGGCCAUCCUCUACUUUGCAUGUCUCAUCUACAUGUUCCUCGGCGUCUCCAUCAUCGCCGACCGCUUCAUGGCUGCCAUAGAGGUCAUCACCUCACAGGAGAGAGAAGUGAAAGUCACAGAUGCAAAUGGAGAGGUAACCAUUACCAAAGUCAGGAUAUGGAACGAGACUGUCUCCAACCUGACACUCAUGGCUUUGGGCUCGUCUGCUCCUGAAAUCCUCUUGUCUGUUAUAGAGAUCUGUGGGUAUGGCUUUACAGCAGGAGAGCUGGGGCCGAGCACCAUCGUGGGCAGCGCUGCCUUCAACAUGUUUGUGAUCAUUGGGCUCUGCGUGUCGUCCAUCCCCAACAACGAGACCAGGAAGAUCAAGCACCUGCGCGUCUUCUUCAUCACGGCGUUCUGGGGCAUCUUCGCCUACAUCUGGCUCUACCUCAUCCUGGCCGUCAUCAGCCCUGGCAUUGUACAGGUAUGGGAGGCCCUGGUGACUCUGCUGUUCUUCCCGCUGUGCGUGCUGCAGUCCUGGAUCGCCGACCGCAGGCUACUCUUCUACAAGUACCUCCACAAGCGUUACCGUGCCGACAAGCGCCACGGCAUCAUCAUCGAGACGGAGGGCGGCCUGGCUCCCAAGGGCAUUGACGUCAUCAUGGAGGAGAAGUCCACCAGCAACUCCACCAGCACCAUCGUGUCCACGGACAACAGCAGAGACAUAGAGCGAGAACGAGAGGAGAUGCUGAAGGACCUGCGCCAGAAGCACCCGGACAAGGACCUGGACCAGCUGAUCGAGAUGGCCAACUACAACAGCAUGGUGGCCCAGCGCAAGAGCCGCGCCUUCUACCGCGUGCAGGUCACGCGCGCCAUGAUCGGCGCCGGCAACGUGCUGAGGAAGUACGCGGCGGAGCGACAGACGCGGCGGGCCAACGAGGCGGCGCUGGCCGAGGUGGACCUGGCCAACACCACCUGCAUCUCCUUCGAGCAGCCGCAGUACCAGUGCAGCGAGAACUGCGGCGCCGUCAGCCUGUGGGUCACCUGCCAGGGCGGCAAGCGGAGCAACGCCUGCCUGGUGGACUACCAGACCGAGAACGGCUCGGCCAACUCGGGAUCCGACUACCAGUACGCGCAGGGCACGCUGGAGUUCAAACCGGGCGACACCAGGAAGGAGAUUAAGAUUGGCAUCAUCGACGACGAGAUGUUUGAGGAGGACGAGCACUUCUUCGUGCGCCUGAAGGACCUGCGGGAGGCCGAGGGCCCCAACAGCGGCGAGGGUCCCGAGAACACCAAGCUCCGCCUCAUCGAACCCCAGUCGGCCACCGUCACCAUCCUGGACGACGACCACGCCGGCAUCUUCUCCUUCGUGCACAAGGAGCUGCGGGUGAGCGAGAGCUCGGGGGCAGUGGAGGUGACGGUGACGCGGAGCUCGGGGGUGCGGGGCACGGUAGCGGUACCUUACCGCACGGAGGACGGCACCGCACGCCACGGCAUCGACUACGAGCACACGCAGGGAGAGCUGGAGUUCAUCAACGAAGUGACCAGUGGGGUAAUCAAGGUCCCCAUCAUUAACAUAGCUGAGCACGAGAAAAAAGAGAACUUCUACAUCAUUCUUGAAGAGCCCAAAUGGCUGAAAAGAGGAAUUUCAGACGCUCCUAGUCCAGAGGAGGAGGAGGCCAGGAGGAUAGCCGAGAUGGGGAAGCCGGUGCUGGGGGAGCAUAGCCACCUCAAGGUGGUCAUCGAGGACUCAACGGAGCUCAAGUCCACAGUGGAUGAGCUGUUGAGGGACACAGACAUGGCGCAGGUGAUUGGCACAACCUCGUGGAAGGAGCAGUUCAUCGAGGCAGUCACCGUCAGCGCAGGUGACGAAGACGAGGAGAACGGCGAGCAGCGGCAGCCGUCGGGCUGUGACUACUGCAUGCACAUCCUCACGGUCUUCUGGAAGGUUCUCUUCGCCUUCGUGCCGCCGACGGGCUACUGCAGCGGCUGGGCCUGCUUCGUGGUGUCCAUCAGCCUGAUCGGCGUGCUCACGGCCGUCAUCGGAGACUUGGCCUCCCACUUCGGCUGCACCGUGGGCCUCAGGGACUCCGUCACCGCUCUGGUGUUUGUGGCUCUCGGCACCUCCAUACCAGACACGUUUGCCAGCAAGGUGGCGGCGGUGCAGGACGAGUACGCGGACGCGUCGGUGGGCAACGUGACGGGCAGCAAUGCCGUCAACGUCUUCCUGGGCAUCGGCGUGGCCUGGUCGGUGGCCGCCGUCUACUGGGAGGUGAAGGGCGAGGUGUUCCGCGUGGACCCGGGCUCCCUGGCCUUCUCCGUCACCCUCUACACCAUCUUCGCCCUGGUGUGCGUGGCCAUGCUCAUGUUCCGCCGCAGGCCGUCCAUCGGCGGGGAGCUGGGCGGUCCCAAGGGGUGGAAGAUCUUCACCUCCAUGCUCUUCUUCGGCCUGUGGUUCCUCUACAUCCUCUUCAGCUCCCUGGAGGUGUACUGCCACAUCAAGGGCUUCUGAGCUUCUCAGCUGCUGCUUGCUAACUGGGUUGCUUUUGGGAAAGAGGUGCAGUAAGACAAAGACAAAAAAAAAACAGCGGAAGGAAGGGUACCAAAAGAUGAACUUAAUGUGCACACAUUGA